AUGUCAGUGUCGCAAUCCACUCCAAUUGCGCAAGAUCCGACAGAGAGAAAAAUGCAAAAGAAAUUCGUUCUUGUAUCGCUGACAUUGAUAAGUUAUUGGGUUGAAGCGACGCCCGUGAACUUGGACACGCUCGACUUCGACAAUACAGAUGUAUCUGAUCUUAAAUACAACUCCAAAGAUCUAGAAGAUUAUUUGAAAUUCCUAGAGAGCGGAGAUGAUAAAGGAAAAGAUAAGACGAAGAAGAAAACAUCAGCGUUUAAGAAGAAGAACACAGAAAAUAAAGGAGCUAAAGUUAAUUAUAAUAUUGAAGAUUUGAAGAAAUUCUUUAAAAGUCUCGGCGUAAAAGAUGAUGGAUCGUAUGAUGAUAGUGAAGUGUAUGGCGUUGCUGAAGGAGAAGCUUUAAAAGCAGUCGGAGUAAAAGGAACUGAAAAUAGAAAGUACAAGAAAGGCACAAAAACUAGAGGCUUUCACAGAGUGCAACAUAAAGAUGAAUACAAGAAGGACAAGGAAUUCUAUGAAGACGACGAAGUAAGUGGUGAUAUUAAGAAAGUUGGCGCGAAAGGAUUUGCCUAUGAUGUUUCUGGGGGCUUAGGCUUCGACAAGGGACAGUUUCAUCACGUGAGAAAUAAGGGAAUUUACGGUAAAAAGGGCACAUCGGACAAAGGAAGUGCAGAAAAGGAUUACAGUGGUUAUUCUGAUUCGCAAGGGUACGAUGCAUAUUAUGACAGUGAAAAUAAUUAA